AUGAGAACUGAGAGUUUACGAUGUUAUUAAUAUUUUUACUGGAUCUUUACACCUAGAAGAUUUUCAGUGUCUUCUUCGAGUGUAUAAUAUGUAAACAAAAAAUCGUAUACCAGUAGCAGUGAAGUGUAAACACUAGCAAAUAUACAUCCGUCUUAUCCAGGCUACGCUAUGAAUAGGAUUUUACCUUCUCACUAUAGUAAACAUUAACAUGUGGAAACGCUGUCAAUAUUCAAUUGUGCGUAUAGGUCAAUACAAUUACAUAUACUAUGUGGAAAUAAAUAGCAGUUACCUUUGCCGUUGAGAUUUAGUACUAAUGCGUGUAGGGAGCUUUAACUUAAUACAUUUUACAAGGCUUUUUCGUAAUAACAAUACGAGGUCAGUCGUCUAAUAUUUUACGUGCAUUCAUUUGAAUUUUAUUACUGUUAUGAGGCUUAGAUGAUCGUAAUCCGACCAGGAAUCCAUUCAAGCUGGAUUCGUACAGAAGUUCUAUUAAUUCAAGACGUUCACCACGGACUUCAGCCGUGUCGUACAAGCGGGGUAGAAAUACCCCGACUAAAAUGUCCGGUGAUAUGGAAUACGAUAAAUCUAGUCAUUCUCUAGAAGUUACUGAGGAAUAUGGAAACAUGGAGAAAUGGUUGGAUGCUCAUCCAGAAUUUGUUCAUGACUACUUUGCUAGAAAAGCAAAAAAGAGCAUGGUAGAUGGAUGGCUUUUAUCACAUGCACUUGCACAUAGUCCGUCACUUCAGUUACCUGGAGAUAACAAUUCUAGUGGUUCUAAUUCAAGGAAUAAUUCUGGGACUAAUACCCCAGUCAGGAAAAUCUCAGCCCAGGAGUUUGAUCGUGGGGACACUUUAGAUCCAAUUAUCUCAACUAUUGACGGCACACCGACAUUUUUAGGACCUUCCACCAGUUGCCAGAGUUUGUCUUCAAAAUGUUACAGACGUUCAAGAAGCGAGUUGAAGGCUUUAGAUGAAAAAGAGUUGAUGUACGAACUUGUAAUAGAUAUAUGCAAUGAUUUAGACGUAACAAGUUUGUGUCAUAAAAUUCUACAAAACGUCUGUUGCCUGCUUAAUGCAGAUAGGUGUUCCUUGUUCCUGGUACAUGGAAGGGAGUCUGAGGAACGUUAUCUCGCACCAAAACUGUUUGACGUAAGUGCGGACACCACAUUGCAAGAAGUGUCCGAAAAUCGUGGACAGUCAAUUAAAGUUCCCCUUGGAACAGGAAUAAUUGGAUAUGUUGCUCAGACGGGGGAGCCACUAAAUAUUCCGGAUGCUUACAAGGACCCAAGAUUUAAUAAUGAAAUAGACAUGAAGAUGGGUUACAAGACCAGGAGUAUACUGAGUAUGCCUAUAAAAGAUUGUUCAGGGAAGGUAAUUGGUGUAGCUCAGGCUGUCAAUAAGAUCAGUAUACAGGAGGAACCAUUUGAUGAACACGAUGAGAAGGUGUUUGGAUCAUAUCUUGCAUUUUGUGGCAUUGGACUGAAGAAUGCACAGCUAUAUGAGAAAUCUCUCCUAGAAAACCGAAGAAAUCAGGUGCUGUUAGAUUUAGCUCGUGUGAUAUUUGAAGAACAGAGUAAUGUUGCCAAUCUGAUAUACAAGAUCAUGAUGCAUACCCAGUCCCUAUUACAGUGUGCUCGAUGUCAAGUCAUGCUCAUUGAUGACAUAAAUGUGAUGGAUCUGUUUCACUCAAAAUUAGACAAAGACAAAAAGUCAAGUGAAAAUCUAGAUAAAAAAUUUACGGCAAAAAACAGAGAUUUUCAUCUAAAACGCAAAGUGGGUAGUUUUUGUCAAGUGUUUGAUUUGGAACAUACAGACUUUGACAAUAGUGAUACCUUCAACAGAGAAUGGCCAGCAGAACCACGCUUUCCGAUCCAUAUUGGUAUAUCUGGUCAUGUGGCAGCUACUGGACAGACUUUAAAAAUACCAGAUGCAUACAAAGAUAAAAGAUUUGAUCCAAAAGUUGACGAAGAAACUAAGUACAAGACAAAAUCAAUACUUUGUAUGCCAAUUAAAAAUGCUCAGGGUCGUGUCAUUGGUGUGGCACAACUCAUCAACAAACUUGACGGGUCAUCAUUCAACAAAAAUGAUCAGAAUCUCUUUGAGGCCUUUGCAAUAUUUUGUGGUAUGGGUAUAGACAAUACACAAAUGUAUGAGAAAGUAAUGAGAGCUGUUGCUAAGCAACAAGUGGCACUGGAGUGUUUGUCAUAUCAUGCUUCAGCACCAGCAGAUGAUGCAAAGAGAUUAACGAAAAUGCCCAUACUUUCAUCUCAGGAAUAUGGUUUAUUAGAUUACUCAUUCAUAGAUUUUAAUCUUGACGAUGAUGACACAUUGAAAGCUAGUAUCAGAAUGUUCCAAGAUCUCAAUUUAGUGGACAAAUUCAGAAUUAACUAUGAGACAUUAUGUCGAUGGUUAUUGAGUGUGAAGAAAAAUUACAGGAAUGUGACAUAUCAUAACUGGAGACAUGCUUUCAAUGUGGCACAGACAAUGUUUUGUAUGCUCAGGGUAGGACAAAUGGACAAUGUUUUGACAGAUUGUGAAAGACUAGCCUUAAUGGUUGGCUGUUUAUGUCAUGAUUUAGACCACCGAGGGGUCAACAAUCAGUUCUUAAACAGGUCAAUGUCUCCAUUAGCAGAAUUAUAUUCCACAUCCACAUUAGAACAUCAUCAUUUUGAUCAGUGUAUUAUGAUACUCAGCACAAAGGGAAAUGAUAUUCUUAGUAGUUUGAAGCCAGAUGAAUAUGAACGGGUAAUACAGUUAUUAGAGAGUGCCAUCUUAGCCACAGAUUUAGCGCUGUAUUUUAAAUUCAGAGGAGAAUUUUUCCACUUGGUGGAAGAUAAACAAGCAGAUUGGAGCAAAGAAAGUGAUAGAGGUUUACUCAGGUCAAUGAUGAUGACAGCAUCAGAUGUGUCAGCUAUCACAAAACCAUGGGAAGUACAGAGAAAGGUUGCAGAAUUGAUAGCUAAUGAGUUCUUUGAACAAGGAGAUUUAGAAAAGAUACAGUUGAAGAUAACACCGAUGGAUAUGAUGAACAGAGAAAAGAAAGAAGAGUUACCCAGAAUGCAGGUUGGCUUCAUUGAUGCCAUUUGCAUGCCAGUAUAUCAGGCAAUUGCGAAGGUAUCCCCCAAAUUAUCACCUCUCUUAGAUGGUUGUGCUAAAAAUAGAGAUAACUGGUUACAAGAAGCACAAAGUAAACAUGUUCAGGACCAGUGUGGAAGGGAAAAUGAAAGUAAAGAUUUAUGUGAAAGUGAAAGUAAAGACAGAAAAAGGAGUAAUGGCCAUGAUGAAAAAAUGGAUGUUAGCUGAUGACAACUCCUGUUCUAUUUAUUACGUUUAGUCCCAUUUUCUUCUCAGAAUUCCAUAGUGGUAAUUUUUUGUAAUACUAUAAUUAGUACAAGUGUUUAAAUGGCAUUAGAAGUUAGAUUCUUCCAACUAUUUUAUUUAAUAUAUAAUUUAUUCAGUUUUUUUAUCAUCUUAAGUGUGAAGGUGAUUGUUAAAACCUUUUGCAUUUAUCUUUCAUCUGGAAGGGAGGAAAAUUCUACUGGAUCUUUUUAUUUUCAUAUAAAACUGAGUUAGUUGUUUUAUAAAACAAAUUCAUUGCUAUAAUUUACUGAUUAUAGUAAGAGGAUUAGAUAUGGCUGUUGGAUCAUUCUGAACUUUAUAUUUAUGCAAUAUUUUGAUACAUUUAUAAUCAUCUAAUAGUGAGAACAUUUUCUUUCAUUAGAAUGCCUCAAAUGUAAUGGAGGGUAUAUCUCUUGGCAAUGCAGUUAUUACUCAGAAUAUCUACCUAAAACUAUUGUUGAUAUCUACCUCUUUUUUGUUGAUUUCAUUGUUUUACUUCAUUGAAUUGGGGGAAAAAAUUAUAUACUAUUGAAAUAAAACCUCACAAUCAUUUCAUUAGCCCUAGUCUACAUUACAUAUUAAGUGACUUGAUUAAUGUGUAUGUAAUACUUUUAAAAAACAUUGAAAAUAUUGUUUCACAAGUCUUGCUUCAUCUUUGAAAUUGAUAUUUGUCUGCAAUUUUGAAAUUUUUAUCAGAAGAUGGUUUUGUUUUGUUUUGUCUGAAAAUCUCUGCAGACAUUUAACAAAACAAAAAAAGAUUAAUAUUAUUUCCCUUGUAGGAAAAGCUGUCGGAGAACAUUAUUUUGAAUGUUGAAUUCCAUUUUGGUAAAGUGUAAAAAAAAAAAACCAAAAAAAAUGUUGUUCAAAAGGUUUUCCACAGCGGUUUUUCUAAGACACCGCUCAUAUGGCCAAUAAAAUUUUAAAAAGCGUAUUCUCAACAAGUCGAAUAAGAAAAAUCCUCCAAUAAGGUCUAAACAUUUCUUAUAUUUCUGUCCAAUAGGAGGAUGGAAUACUGAUUUGUUUGUGUGUCCCUUCAUCUGUCAGUAACAGUUUCUAUCACAUUUUUCUCAGGAACUUUAAGUCAUUGCUAACUUUUCUUACCUCUGAGUUUGUGGUUUAGGAAUAAUUCAAUUCGAAUAUAUGUCUUAAAUUGUCUCACAUAAAGACUGUAGAGGAUAAAUCCUGAAGAAGUUGUGGGGAAAGAGUGAAAACGCAUAAAAUUAUGAUAAAUGAUCAUAUUUUACUCUUGACAAAGGCAACAUGUUAAUUUUAAAUUUUACGACUUUCAAUAGUUAUGCCUGUCACAACUGAUUUUAUUAGAAACGAAUGGAGACAUUUUAUUUUUUUAAUCAUGAACCAUGAAGAUAAUCUACAUUAGAAUUUUUUCAGAGUUUUCAUAUUACAUAUCCAUACUGCAAUUGUUUAAUGCAUAAUUUAAUGUAGAAGAUAAACUGUGAUAUUAUUGUACAUACCUUUUUAUGUCAUAUUUGUGUAAAUUUUGAAUGUAGAGUAGUGUAGCUUAGUUAUUGUUGAAGGAUCUGCCAAUUUUUUAGAUCUUUAUAUAAAGUGACAAAAACACAGAAUUUAUAUAUCAAUUAAACAGUACAUUAUUGAUAAGCAAAUUUAUGGGAUUAUAGGAACACUAUGUGUAAUACCAUUUUGUAAUCGUACCUUGCACAGAAAAUAGAAACAAAGGAGUCGGUAAAAUAAUUUUGUAAGAUUACAGAAAACAAUUUGAUGUGAAAUUCUUCAGGUUUGAAUUUUCAAGUGCUUUUAAAAAAUUUUAACAUCAUUUCUGCAACUGGAAAAGAAACUAAAGAUUACUGAAUUUCACUGUCAAAAUUUAUCAUUAGCAGGGAUAAGUGAGAUCCUUCAAGACAAACUAGUCCAUUUAAUUUUGAAUGAAUUAAAUUGAUAUUGGCCGGAAAAUGUAAAGAGAGGAAAUAUUUUCAUUAUGAAAUUUUAUGUUGGAAUUUGUUAUUUUAUCACUUCAAAAUCAUAUGAAACUGUUCACAGAGUCAAAAUAUACUUUUAAUGUGGCAAUUUUCGAUUUUUAAGUCAUAUUUGCUUUUACAGAAGUGUCUAGGUUAUAUAUUUGAUAAUCAUAUGGGAAAAGAUUUAAUCAUUAGAAUGUAAAUACCAAGCACUUUGGCUCUCUUUGUAGCUCCUCUAUGAGGACACUUUUCAUUAGCCAUUACGCAUUACAUGUGCCCAAGAUGUCUUGUCCUUUCACAAUACAAAUGACCAAAACCACUUUAUCAAGUUGAAGUUUAAAUACAUUUCUUCAAACGAAUCAGCUGGUGAAAAUUGUGCACCCAUCAAUGGAGGGAGGUUGUUUUUAGUUUAAAGUAAGUGCAGCAUAUUGAUUAUACUCUAGCUGAUAAUUCAUAAUAUUAACUUUCUAUUUCAUAACAAGAUUGGAAAAACAAGCACUUAGUUUUGUUAUCAGCCACACUAGUUCAAAAAAAGGUAGAAUGUCUACAAUAACUAAUUUGUUCUGAUUAUUGUGUCAGUGGUUAUUAAAUUUGUUAUGUGUUCUUAGAAGAAAGUCGAUUUAUUUUAUUGGAUGAUAACAAAUUCUUUGAAAAAUGUUGAAUACAUCAGAUGCUUGUGAGAUAAUCUUGCUCAUACAUCACAUCAACAGUAUAUCCUACACCUGAAAAUAAAAUGAAUAUUUGAAUUAAUAAAGUACAAAACAAUUUUUUUUUUAGAAAACAAGGGAAUACUUUUAUACUCAAGGAAAAAUUAGUUUGGAACAAAUUAAGUGAAAAAUGUUGUUAUAAUAGUUUUCAUAUUGAAGUCAAUACUUUUUUUAUUAGUGUAUCCAUAAUUAGCUACAUUUGACUUUUCCAAACUGAUUAUGGAACAGAAAGUCAGUCACAUGAACUGGAUGGUAAGAAAAUUACAAUGUACAAGUAUAUACAAACAACCUUUCUUUACCAAUAAGCUAACAUUUUUCACCAAGUUAUCAGUUUACAGAAAUGAAUUUAAAUUGCAAAUUGAAAAAGGUAUUUAUGAAAUAGCAAAGUACCUUGGGUAAGUAAAGGAAAACAUUUCUUCCUUUUACAUUUGUACUAUAUUUACUUCAUAGUGAAGUACAAACUUUAGUUAAAUACAGAAUUGUGCUUAUGUUUAUUUCCCAAAAUAAUGAUAUUGCAAGUUGGAGUAAUUUUGAUAUAAAGCUAAUCAAUAGGUGACUGCUGUUAAAUAGUCCCAGCGUUUGUAUGUGUGACAAUUUUUUCUUUUGUUUAUUUUAAUGUAUCAUUAAUUAACCUGCAAUUUCUUAUACCAGUGAAAUUGAAUUUCAAUACCUAUUGUUUCAGAAUAGAUUGCAGAGCAAAGAUUUUCAAAUAGUCUUGUCACAGAGCAAUCUUUUCUUGUAAGUGUCAUUACAAUAAUCCUGUGCGGAAAUAAUCAUAUCAAAUAGACCUUUUUCAUAUUACUGACUUUUGACUCCGCAGUUUAUAUUUUUUUGACAGGUUACCUACUCUGUGGUAAGACAUCCUGGUACUCGGUCAAGUAAGAGCAAUGUAAAAAAGUAAAAUCAAGCUUUUAAUCUAUACAAUUUAUGGGGAAAAUUAACUGCUUUAUAUUUUCUUAACACGAUAAAAUCAUCAGAAAACAGAAAACUUUCCCCUCAAAUUGCACGGAUUAUGUGUUUGAUUUUUCUUCUUUUGGUUGCUCUUACUUGACCGAGUACCUGUCGAAAAAUUAUAUAAUCCGUAGUCAAAAGUCGGUAAUAUAUGAAAAUAGUCUAUUAGGCAUUUCAAUUUAGACCAAAGGGAAAUAACUCAAACCCUAAUUCAGCUCUGCUAGCAAAAACCAUUUAGACUUUUUUAAACUGAUUAAUUAUUCAUUGUGUGGAGACAUUGAAAAAAAAAUGAGAAUUUGUGUUCAAUUUUAAGGUGAGGUAAAUACUUAUUGGACCUUUUUUUCAUUAUUGAAAUUUCAAUUGUGAAAAUUACUUUAAGUUGAUAAUUAUGAAUUAUUUCCCAAAUUUGUUCAUAAUUUUUGCUUUAACUAGCCUGGUAUCCUGUCUGACUGUUCCACAAUAGAUGAACGUAGCCCAUAUUGUCAGUUGACUCUUUUUAGGAGCUAUUGCCCUUAAAUGACGAUUUCUUUUGUAUUCUUUUUACUUUUGGCAACAACUAUAGGAUAGAGAGAAACUGUAAACAGUUAAAAUGUGGUUUUAAACUGGAUUCCAAUCCCACUGUGUAGGGAAUAUUUGGUGAUUAUUCAAACCUAACUCAAUUUCCAUAUUAACUCACAGUAAAAUGGUUGUUACUUUUGAGUUGUAACAUAAGAAGAAAAGACUGAGCACAACUACAUACAUGUUAGUCUUAUUUUUUUACAGUGUACAAUAUUACUUAGAUUAUUUUUUUUAAAUAUAAGUUUUCUUUAUGGUAACCAUAUUAAUAUUUAUUUUUGACUGGUUUAUAGGUAAAUUUAUAAUUUUAGUGUUGUUAGUAUUUCUACAGUCAGUAUUUUAAACAUCUCAGCUGAGCUUGUGCCUGUGAAAUUGUACAACAAUAAUUUGCUGUGUCUAAUUAUUUGUGUUUUAACAAACUUUUUUGUCCAUUAUUUCAUGAUUAAGGAAUCUCAAAUUUGUGAAAAACCAUUUCUAGACUGCCAUUACCAUGAUGUAUGUUGUGAAAUCAUGUUAUAUGUCAGAUUUACUGCUGUAAUUCAGUGUAAAACCAAUUUGUGUAAAACCUUUGUCCAUUUUAUUGUGAAUUGCAAUUUCUGUGAUACCUGAUUAGCAUAUUUUAUGAAAUUCAUAAAUAAAACAUAAAUCUUA